GGCAAAUUUGAAUCGAUCAGCUGUUGCCGAGAAAAUUGAAAUGCGGUGUGGGCUUUUGAAAUCGCGCGACAAAACAUACCGAUAAAAUAUUUGUUUUUUUAUUAGGUGGUGUUUUGCAUCUUUCCAGUGCCAGCUUCUGUUGUCAAGGGUCACGUUUUUUCAUUUCUGGCCUCAGAGUUUUUUGAUUAUCUACAAGCACCAGGGGAGCAGGUGACGUCACACCACCGCCACCAUGCCAGAGAAUGUGGGCUCGCCGUACGCGCCGCUGGAGGGCCUCUAUGAGCUCCAUGAGACUAUCGGCUCGGGCGGCUUUGCCAAGGUGAAGCGGGCCACCCACCUGGCCACGGGAGAGCAGGUGGCCAUCAAGAUCAUGGACAAGAAGCAGCUCGGGGUGGAUCUGCCUCGCGUCUACCUGGAGAUCACGGCCAUGAAGGAGCUGACGCACCAGCACAUCGGCAAGCUGUACCAGGUGAUCGACAGCGAGCUGAAGAUCUUCCUCGUCAUGGAGUACUGCCGCGGCGGGGAGCUGUUCGACUAUAUCGUGGAGCGGGACCGUCUGACUGAGGAGGAGGCUCGCGUGUUUUUCCGUCAGAUCGUCUCGGCCGUGGCCUACAUCCACCACAAGGGAUACGCCCACCGCGACCUCAAGCCGGAGAACCUGCUGCUGGACGACGACAACCGUCUGAAGCUGAUCGAUUUCGGCCUCUGCGCCAACCCCGAGGGCGGCAUGCAGGCGCACCUGGAGACUUGCUGCGGCUCUCCGGCGUACGCGGCGCCCGAGCUGGUCUCCGGCCUGCAGUAUCUCGGAGCAGAGGCAGAUAUCUGGAGCAUGGGCGUGCUGCUCUACGCACUGCUCUGUGGAUUCCUGCCCUUUGACGACGAGAACAUUGCCAACCUCUACAAGAAAAUCCAGGCCGGCGUGUACCAGAAGCCCGAGUGGCUCUCGGAGGGCUCUCUGCGCCUGCUGGACCAGAUGCUGCAGGUGGAACCCAAACAUCGGAUCGUGGUCUCUGAGCUGCUGACCCAUCCCUGGCUCACGGCUGGAACAGGCCUGCCUGUCGAGUGGAAGAGCUACUUCCAGUCUCGUCAGCCGGACGAGGACGUGGUGACGGCGAUGGCGGUCUCCGGUGGCCGCAGCCGGGCCUGGAUGGCGCGCCGUCUCUCCCAGUGGAGUUACGAUCACACCACUGCCACCUACUGGCUACUGCUGGCGGCCAAACGACGAGGGGAGCCCGUCAGACUGGCUGCGGCACAGCAGAUGCCUCCCCCUCCUCCGUCGGCUGCGGCCGGCCGCGCCACCCUCCAGGAGCUGACUAGCGCCGGUCUGCCGGGCUUGGUGCCGCUGGGGGACUCCCCGCACGGGCGGCCCCAGUCGCUGGACACGGGGCUGGAUGCGCUGGAGCAGCGCCGGGGGCUGGAGCUGGAGCUGGAGCAGCGCCGCCGUCAGGAGCUGGAGGAGGAGGAGGCCAUGGAGACACUGCUCAGCCUGAAACCCAUCGAGAUGGAGCCACUGCUGGAGCGCAGCACCGGCCGCAGUUCACAGCGCGGUCGGGGCAGCCAGCGGAGGAAACGAGCCACACCGCCCCGACCCUCACCGACUGAGAACAAGGAGAAUGACUUCCUCCAGCCCAAAGCGCCGUCACCCAGCAAAAAGACCAAACGACGUGCCGGUGAGACGCCGUGUAAGCUGUCGCCCUCCCGGUCGGUCGAGUCGGCGCUCGACCCCGCCUUCAAGACGCCACAGAGGAGGCCGCGUCCGCAGUCUGAGAAUUUCCGCACUCCGGACUGCGGCUCCAAGUCCUCCGCGGUGCCCCGGACUCCCAUCUCUGGCCGCAAGGUGUUCGGCUCCAUCGAGAAGGGUCUGGACAAGAUGAAGAACAUGCUGACGCCACGGAAACGCACCCAGAUGGCGGGUGACCGGCCGGCACUCAUCGAUACGAAGAAAAUGCUGAACGUUUCGGCGACGGGAGCCACGGACCCCGACCAGGUGCUGAUCGACCUUCAGCGCGAGCUCUGGAGUCGCGGCAUCGUGCUCAAACAGAAAGGGUACACACUGCGUGGAAAGGUGGCUGACCCGCUGGGAAAGGCCAAAAUGUCCUUCGAGCUGGAGGUCUGCAUGAUCCAGAGCCUCAAUGUGGUCGGUAUCCGCCGUAAGCGUCUAGAGGGCGACGCCUGGUGCUACAAGAGGAUAUGUGAACAGGUGCUCCGCCUGGCCGGACAACAGACGGCCGUCUAGCCAAUCAGAGCUCAGCAGACGGACUCGGCGACCAAUCAGAUGUCAGGCUGGCCUCCGGGGGCCAAUCAUUGCCAGCCAGGCCCGGUGGGGACCAAUCACAGUCGAAAGACACUGCCAGUGACCAAUCGCGGGCCAUGUGCUGUCUGCGCCGGCCAAUCACAGUCGAGAUGACGUCACGGCCGGCCAAUGAGAGCAGAGAACGUGUUUCAGAGUCGAUCACGUGCGUGUUUUUGUCAGGGACCUCGCUGUGCGCGCGUGCUUAGUGCUAAGGCUGCCCCAGGCUGGGACAGACGAGGACCUUGUAACGUCGUGUGCUGAAUUUGAGUCUGCCUGGUCAUGACUAUGAUAUUGUUCUUCCAAGUGUACUCAAUGUGGGUUCAUUUCCAUUUAUCAGCCCAUCGUCGAUUUUAUAGUGAUUCACCAUUUCUUUUCCUUUCUGUCUCACGUUAAUUACUCAUCACGCCUUGGUCUUGGUGUCAGCUUCCAUCCUGUUUAGCUUGAUUAUUGGCACACUAAGGUUUUGCCUGUCUUGCCCUGCUUCCCGUGUUUAAUCUCUUGAUAGUGUAGGAAUAUGCGGUGUCAAUAUGAUGGGCUAGGCUGCCCUGCUGUUUCGUUGAGGAAUGUGGCAGUGGUGCUUUUUCUAGCUCAACAAAAAGGGCCGAAGGAGAAAUUGGCAAUCCAGGAUCAAAAUGUCUCGAAACAAUGUCACGUGCAGUCUUUUGUCGUGUCACUCGCAGAGUUUUGUGCCGCUUACGUCGCUAUGAGUUCUCUGGAGCUUUUUCGCGAGCCCUCGCAUGAAUAUUGCUCAGCACGUGAUUUUGUGAGUGAGAAUACCUCCUAACUUGUACAUAGAGCGAGCAUGAGUGAGUGUUUUACGUGAGUGUUUUAUAUGGUGUGUGACAUGUACAGGCACUGGGUAGAUACUGGGCUAGAGGAUGCGCUAUUCUAGAUAUAGCUUUCUUCCUUCACUGUCUUAGGUGAAAUAAACACUCCAUUGGA